AUGUCGAUUGUGUCGCUGCUGAACGUUAAUGUUCUCAACAAUCCGGCGAGAUUCACAGAUCCGUACGAGUUCGAGAUCACUUUUGAGUGUCUUGAGCCUCUCAGAGAGGAUCUGGAGUGGAAGCUCGUCUACGUAGGCUCGUCGACUUCAUCAGAGCAUGACCAAGAGCUCGACUCGCUACUAGUGGGCCCGGUGCCGGUCGGCGUUAACAAGUUUCUGUUUACAGCUGAUCCACCUUCUCCAGAUUUAAUUCCCCAGUCGGAGCUGGUCUCUGUGACGGUGAUGCUUCUUUCUUGCUCUUACCGCGAAAAGGAAUUUGUGCAGGUUGGCUACUACGUGAACAACGAAUACGAUACGGAAGAGCUACGGGAAAAUCCGCCCACAAGAGUGGUUUUGGAUCAUGUUGUGCGAAAUAUCCUGGCCGAGAAGCCACGGGUCACCAGAUUUAACAUCCCGUGGGAUAACGAAGCUGUCGACGAGUACCCCCCUGAGCAGCCGGAUGCAGAUAUCGAUCUCGAGGAAGAGGACGAAGAUGUGUAUGGUAACGAAGAAGAGGAUGCACAAGACGAGCUAAUUGACGAGGAAGAAGCAGACGAAGUCGAAGUAGAGGGCGAGGACGAGGAAGAAGAGGAAGAAGAAGAAGAGGACGAUGAAGAGGACGAUGACGAAGAGGUGGAAACAGAGGAGCCCGAGGAGGAGCGCGAAGAUGCUGAAGACUCGCAGUCUGCUAAACCAGCCGAGCCGACCGAGUCUUGA